AUGGUCACCGUGAAACACUUCUCCAUCUACUCUUCUCUGUCCCUGGCGGUCCUGCUGAUACUGGGCUGUAUGCGAGAGUCCCAGGCCGGGGUGGUGGAGGACUUUAACCACGUGGAGCGCUGUAAGGACUCCCUGUACAUGGGAACCCCACCUCGGGGCUACUUCCUCAGUAACUCCCUGAAGAAGCUCUGCCAGCGCUACGAGGACAAGCCACGCUUCGUCACCCUCUACGACCCCCACAAACACAUCCCCGUAUACUCGGCUUAUACCUUCAAGAAGUCCGAUGGCGAGAAGAGGGUAGACUUCCCCUGGAUGUUCGAGCCACAGUUGGCGUCAGAGAAGGGCAGUAGCAACAUGGAGCCGUUCCCCCAGUCCUCCUCCCACAUGCACAUGAACUUUGAGGACAGCCAGGCGGUGCUGGAGGACUAUGCUGACGUGGUCCAGUACGAGAGAGGGCAUCUCAACCCCGACGAGCACCAGGCUGAUCCCCUUGACAAGGCCUCCACCUACACACUGACCAACGUGGUGCCCCAGAUCCGUGAGUUCAAUAUCGGGCCCUGGGCCGAGCACGAGGACCUCAUCCGCAAGCGCCUCAACAACUACUGCCGCGGCAAAGCCUACGUGAUCACCGGGGUCACAACCUCUGGGAACAUGAUCCGCCGCGACAACCUGGACCGCGUGGCCAUUCCCGAGUACAUGUGGUCGGCCUACUGCUGCACCGACUACGACCAGAACGCGCCCUACUUCCUGCGGUACAAGUUCCCGGCGUUCGGGGCCUACGGGCUGAAUGACCGCGUCAACAACCACCUGGUGGAGGUUCCGGUGAAGAACCUGGAGAAGUUCCUCAGGGGAAGGAUGGACGUGGACAAGAACUUCCAGAUCUUCUACAACGACUGUGUGCCUGACUCAUAG